UUAUGGAUGAUGGGAGUCUCGGCUCAGUUUCAAAUUGCGAAGGAAAACAAAAUUCAUCUCCCAUCAUGCGGUUGCCACGAUGCGUGUUUUGUGGAAUGGACUCAUCCGCUAAGUUUGGACAAGGUAAACUUGUCCGGUUUCGCACCUCACGCUCCCCCUUACGUUUGCCGGAAUGGUACAUGGAGCUGAAGUCUCAUCCCCAAGCUCUCCGGAGGGCCCUCUCGUGGAAGUUAAAUCAGACAGUCUCUGAGCAAUCUGUUCAGUGCACACCAACCCUACCUCUUACACCAUCAGACCAUUUGGUUGGUAGUCACUGCGCGCUGGAUGCAUGCAGGCGUCUGCAGGAGGGCAAAAUUUUGGAGUCUGAUGGAAAGCCCAUUUUGAGUGGCCUUCCAAAUGCUUUCUCCGACGCUGAAGGUAGACCCUUCGGUUACAUCGAUGAGCUCCGUGAAAUUGGAUGGCCGGUUUCGGGUGGAUCUGGCGAGAAACUCGUCUUGGAGAAUUUGCUUAUCGCUUGUGCUCCAAGGGAAGGAGGUGAGGGUAGUUGGUUGUACGCCCACCAUUGCUGUGCUUCUUGGUCCGAUGGAGUUGUAAUGGACGAUCAAGUACGCAUUUUGGAGUUAAAUCAUAUGACUUUUGAGGGUGUUGAAGAAGCCGCUAUGAGGGCCAUGAAAGUGGAAUGCGCACUGUGUAGACGACUUGGUGCCAGCAUUUCAUGUCGAGCUGAAGGUUGUCGUCGAAGUUUCCACUUUCCCUGUGCUGCUGGCGCUGGUUGCUUUGAGGAGGUUAAAACCUUGACAAUAUUUUGUCCUUCUCAUCUUGACCUUGUAUCAAGUCUGGGCGAAAACGUUACUCCGUGUUUAGUGUGUGGCCAACUGAAUGACGUAACAGAAAUGAUUUUUUGUACUAGUUGCGGCAAUCAUUUCCACAAUCCAUGUCUUGAGCCGCCAUUGAUGCUGAGCACAACUGUUCGUGUUGGAUGGCAGUGUCCUGAAUGCAAGACUUGUCUCAUUUGCAGUGAAAGCAAAGACGAAACAAAGAUGGUCAUUUGCGAUGUCUGUGACAAAGGCUUUCAUACAUAUUGCUUGAAGCCUCCUGUUUCCAACAUACCCAAGAACGGUUUUAAGUGUGAGCGGUGCCGCAUUUGUACGGAUUGUGGUCUCCGUCGGUUCUCCUUUUCAAAGGGUUUUGGCGCUCCUCUAGAAGUAGAAGGAGUUGAACAGGUUGGGGAUGUUGCUUUCCAACCAUACGGUGGCAUGCGAACUAUACCCUGUGCGAUCGGUGUUUUCAUACCCGGAAACGUCAAAGCUCUUGCUGUGCUGUUUGCGAACGUGCCUGGCGAUGCUGUGUUACUUGGAGUCUCGGGUGGGACGGCAACGCCAAACCCUUCGCUGGUGUGGCCGAGUCGUCGGUGCAACGGGUGCCGGCGAAUGGUCCACUAUGACUGUGAUCCAGUAGGUCAGUCUUCCCUGUCCUCCCCUCAUUCUUCAUCCUCUCCGUCUCUCGGCACUGCUCACGCUAGUGGCACCGGUGGUGGCGCUGUGGGAAGUGAUGAUACUGCCAUCUCUCAGACCACCACCGGCUGCGGCGGUGGGAGCUACUUCUGUCCCUCUUGCAGAAAUCGAGAUUCAGCUACACCCAGUGAGGUCCUGUCUGCGACUGCCAGUCUUCGCACGAGUCCUUUUGCCGGUGGUGCUGGUAGUAGCGAUUUGGGUGACGCCAAUUCAAUUGUCGCUAGCGCCAGUCCCUCCCUUGCAGAUGAUCUUCAGCAGCAGGUCUCCUCAUCCUCGGUAACCCUGCCGAACAGAGGGUCGUCGUUCAUCAGUGGCAAUGCAGACUCCACCUCCACUACUCCUACAACAGAUCCGGGCAAGCAGACAAGUUCUCUCACCACGGACUCUCUAGUAUCGCCCACGAUCAGUCUGCCCAAAUCUCCCCGCGGCAACAACAGCAGUGGAGCAGGAGGAAGCGGGACUGUGCGUAUCCACAGAGCCGUGGGACGCCCUCCAGGCAGCUUGACCAAGUCCAAAUCAGUUUCGGCUAGCAUGGGCGAAAUGGCAAGAAAACGCAUCAAACUGGACCUGAAUGAUUCGUGCAAACCCCUCUCCAAGCUCCCCUGCAACGUUCCAACGACGCCGAACCCCUACUUCACUUCAUCAAAGCCGCAGAUUGCAAAGACAGUGGGCGCCAAGCGCUCCUUGAGCAAUGCCAUGGCCAAUUUGGUCAGUGGUGGUGGGACGCGAGCUCGGCGUUCAAAGAGUCGCAAGACCGGUGCAGAUGUGAUUAAAAUUAUCCCACAGUCGCGUAUGCUCCCUCCGAGUCAUGAGAAAGUGCAUCCACAAUCGCCUUCAUCUGGUGCGUUUAUCCCACCGAUACACUUAAUCCAAUCGGAGUCCAAACAUUCAGCACACCAUUUUAGUCGCGAUCCCCCGUUGACUCUGACACUACGCUUCAAAAAACGUGGACGUCCAAGCAAGAUAGACAGGAAACAACAUCAUCUCCUCCCCCACUGCUCGCCGGAUUCUGAAAAUGUAUCCUGUGAAUCCAAGUCUAGUUCGGAGAAGGACGACCAUCCGAGUACUGUGGUAAUUAGCCGCAAAGAUGACCGAUUCAUGCUGGAGCAGGAUAUGUGCACAACCUGCGGUUCUUUCGGAAACGGUCCUGAUCCCAUCAUACCCUGUGCUCAGUGUGGUCAAUGUUUCCAUAUUUUUUGCGGAGAUUUGAGCCGCGUCUCUCGAACUGUGCUUGAGAAGGGCUGGCGUUGCUUGGAGUGCACCAUCUGUGAGGGCUGCGGUCGAGCCACGGAUGAGAACCUGCUUCUCCUUUGUGAUGAUUGCGAUAUCAGUUACCACACCUUCUGCCUCAAUCCACCACUGAAGGAGGUGCCCAAGGUAGGCACUGUCACGCGCAAUCUCAGUGCUGAUGCUGUUGGUGACAAUUUCCCAGCUGCCCGUGCGAAACUGGCUGCUCUCCACACACAGUUUCUGCCCUUGGGCAACUGGAAGUGUACUAACUGCGUUUCCUGUCUGCAAUGCGGUCGACGAUCGCCCGGUACAAAUUGUGAAUGGUCCUCAAACUACACACAAUGCGCUCCCUGCGCCUCCAACACCACAUGUCCGGCCUGUACUCUGCCUUACCGCGAUGGAGACCUUCUUAUUAAAUGUGCUGAGUGUGAACGUUGGUCUCAUGCUGGAUGUGAUCAAAUACGCACCGAGGAGGAAGUGGAUUUCGUCGUUGAUGGUGGGUACACAUGCGCCCUCUGUCGUGAACAUGGAUCUCCCUAUGGAUUGGGCCACCAACAGUUGCUCAACUUUCGUGCUACACACGAUGCGUCGGUUCCCUUUAUGGCUACUUGGCGAGGUGACAGUAAUGAUCCUUACUUUGGGGAACGGCUGCCGCCCGGUCUCGGGUCAGCUGGCUCCUCGACCACACGAUCUGAUGAUGAGCAAGACUCUCCCGAUCCAAAGCUAUUUUUUAUGGAUGGUGUUGUGCUUAGUCGAGCUGGUCUGAAUACGAUCCGUAGAGCAAUGGUGAAAAGUCAGCCAAAGCGAGCACCCGUUGUUCCACGUCAAAAAAAUCCUCAGGCUUCUGCAACUGCUACUCCAGACGCUCAUUCGGCUGUAGACACGGCUCCACCAUCUGUGUACACCCCGGUGGAUGAAGAAGUCAGCCAGCACUCAGGUGCUGAUGCCGACUCCGAGUUCACAUCAGCCAUCUACAGGGAGAUAGCUAAGUCUCCACGAAGUGUGCUCUCUGAGGAGGACACAGUUCAUGGCGGUGGAGCGACUGGUGAUUCGAGUUCUACUGCUACAGGCGGUGCUGUUACUUCUCUCUUCCCUACUGAUUCCUCCUCUUCUGUGGUCUCAAAUGUCGCCCCUACCGGUGGCACCGCAAUCAUGACCGCACCUUCAGCUGGCAAGAAAGCCAAAGCAGGCACUGCACUAUCGCGACGUCAUCUCAAUCUUGGUGUAGGUGGCUUCCGCGCAAGACCCUCACGUGUUUAUCAGACAAAGAAGUCGCAACUGGCAGCUACAGGUGUUCCGGGUGCUACGAAGGUGUUGGGCGAUGGCGGGCCGCCUCCCAUUGGGAAGAAGCGACGGCCUAACAAAAAGAAGUCUGAUCUGGAGGAGACUUACCCCGAUUACUUGAUGCAGGCUUUCUACGGUGAAAAGUUGUUCGCCUCGGUCUCCUGUGACACCACUGUAGCUGGUGCAAUGAAUGCCGCUAUUGGGAAGAAACGGCGGCGCAAAUCCUCCAUCUCUUGCCAAGCAGGGACCGGGAAUCGAACUGGAGCUGUAGCUACAGGUGAACAAUAUCAACUGGGAGAAUCGUCAGACUUCAGAAGAAUGACUGAUGCUUGGAAUCGUUCUGCUCAAUCGUCGAAAAUGGCAAGCCCACGGAGUAGUUUGACCUCGCCGAUUCCAUGUUCAAACAGUCGAGGGAACAUCUGGAGCACUGCGGGGGCGACUACCACUGCGGAAGACCUUUUGGAGGAAGAUGCUCUGGGUGAUGAGGAAGAGUAUGGCGAGGAUGAGGGUACGAUGGACAGCUUUGAAGAGGAGGGUAGGGAAGAAGUGGACGAGGUCUUUAAUGUGCCCUCAACUUCCUCCAAUGUGGGAGGUGAUUCUGCCAAAUCUCGACCGCUGCAGUCACCCACUCCAAAACCGAAGCCACAAACGCGCCCAGUUGAAUCCGCCUCUCAAUUACAAACUAAUCUUGAUGAUGUGAAUGACUAUAUGCUCGUUGAUGACUUCUUGAACUUGGCUGGUAACUUUGCCACCACUUCAGAAGCCACACGACCUGCUUCCGUUUCCUCGAGUGCUUCAAUUACUGGUGGACCUACAUACAGCGAUUCAUCGGCACUAAAACAACGUCUCCCCGUUUCUCAUGGUUCUCUGCCGAUGAAUGUUUUUGCUGAACAACCGCAACAGCAUUCUCAACAAUUUGUUGCUCCAUCAGAUCAAAAAUCCAGCACUGACUUACCACCUACAUCAAUUUCGGAUGUAAAUUAUCAACAGCAACAGUUGCAAAGUCGAACGUUAUUCCCUGAUGAAAGUCAGGCUGUCCCUUCACCAAGAUCACAGGAUAUGCAACAAACAUCAAAUCAACAGACUGUCAACUCAACUUCCCUUGCGACGGUGCAGCAGUCUCAAUCAGAAUCACAACUCCUGCCUGAAUUGAGCGCCCUGGACAUUGAAUCACAGUUGAUUGAAUUUGAAACCACUGGUGGAGGUGGAAGCAGUGGCAGUGUUGGUCUCCCCUCCGAGGGUACAUCACCACCACCACCGACACCACAGUCUAGUUCACUUUCCAAGACGGAGGCAAUGCAGACUCAGGUCUCUGCACCAUCUCCCUUCCCUGUCCAAAGUGAGAGCCAGUCUGUAAUUCCAAAUUAUCCCCUACGGGCUCCACAGUAUCCUCCUCGAGGAAUUCCGCCCCAACAACAACAACAACAACGCACACAGUUCUACCUUCAACAGCAGCAGAGUUAUUCUGGAGCUAUGGUAGAUCCUAGUGUAGCACAGCCACCUCCACCUCCGCCUUAUCCAGGGUCGAGGCCACCUGUGGGAUGGAGGCAACCUUUACCACAACGCUAUGCACAAUUUCACUCGCAAACGGCUUACAUAACCACAAACCAGCAGCAACAACAGCAGCAGCAGAGAUUUCAGCCUGCGGCGGCGGUGUAUAGGGGAAUGCCGCCGAGUCUUGUGCCACCGCCAAGUGGAUCAGGCGCUCUGUCACUGAAGUCGCGGCAGUCUCCACUUCCCAUAUCAUACGACCCUACGCAGAUGGGUUCUGAAAGUGGAUUACAGCUGAAUCAGCAACUCAAAACAAUGCUGCGGCAAGACAUGAGCCCUAGGCGACCUGUCGAAAUGCAGUUAGGAGGAGGGGUCGGACAACCAAUGGUCUCGGAAGGUAUGAAUCCGUCAAUGCUCACCUCUCCAUCCACACAAGUGGCACCUGGUGCAGGGUGUUUGGAGGGCGCAGUUGGUGGCGGCGACAGUAUGACCAACAGUGGCAGCAGUGGUGCCGUAGGAUCGGUCAAUCGUCGUGUCAACUACGAGAAGUGGGAGGAUGAGGAGCGGCUCGGUGACAGGUCGACGAUUGCGCCAGUUCUCUAUGCGAAUAUCGUCCAUCCGGAGCUGAAAAGUCAGUGGCCUGAUCCUCGUACGAGGGCUCGUGAGAUUCAAAAGCUGUGGCGUCGUUUGCCGUCAGAGAACCGGUCACAGUUUGUGAAUCAGGCGCGUGCGAAUAAGACGCAAUUUCGGGCUAGUUCGAACACACUUUCUUCUCGUGGUGGAGGUGGUGGUGGCGGCGGCGGCGGCGGUAGCAGCGGCGGUGGUGGUGGUGGCGGUGGCAGCAACAGCAGCAAUGUGGGUGGAGGUGUCCAGCCGUCUCACAGCCAAACGCAACACGCGGUGAUGCAAGGUAGUGGCAGCGGUGGCGCAUCGUCCCUAGGUGCACCCAUUCCUUGUCACACUUCAGGAAGUGGUGGGAUGUCGCAUGUUUCGCCCUCCUUUCCUUCUGGCUGCCUUCCUACGACCACCGUUGGUUCUGCUCCUGGUGGUGGUCGUAGUUCUAGCAGUGGGACACCAAUCCUGCCUAACUACGCUCAAUCGCCUACAUCCCUGCGUCACUCACAGUCGUUCCAGCAACCGCCGCGUCCAUCUUCACACCAUCCGUUAAUGCAGGGACAGACGCUUCCACAUCCUCCGCCAACUCAGUCACAUCUUUCACCCUCAUCACAAUCCAUACGUCAGUCGCCUCUCUCAAAGUCAUCUUAUCCUCCUGAGCAGCGUGCAAUUGAAGCUGAUCAAAGUUCUAUACCUAUGGUACCCGUAUCUCAUUCCUCAGAAGUUGGUGGUAUCAUUCAUGCUACUAUGGACACAUCUGGGAGUGUUUCUUCAAUUCAAUCAACUCAAAGACCACCUUCGUUGACAUCAGCUGCUGUUUCGGAGGACCAAGCAGCGGAGACGCAGGGAUCAUCGGGUACACUUUUUCUGCCUCAACCACCUCUUCAGGCUCGAGAUCCUCCUUCUGUGUCUGCUUCUCAGCCCUCGCCUUCAUUAUCUCCCAGUUCGUUGCUCGGUGGAAAUGUGCGGAGAGGUGGACCCACCUCUCUGCCGCCACCACCGUCUCACACUGCGGAGCCUUCCUCGCCUGCUGCGAUGUCGUCCUCUUCACCCUAUCAGCACCAGAUACUCACCUCUUCGAACACGCCUCUAGCAUCCACUCCCGAACAGUCAAUGCUUAUACAACCGCCGUCGACACCGGCUCAGCAACAAGGAGCUUACUUGCCGCCUCCACCACCUCCUCCUCCCCCUCCACCACCAACAUGGCCGCCUUCGGGCUUUGCGGGGGUCACUUCACCUCUGCCCUCAUCACACCAGCAUCCACGCUGGUCGCCUGGUGGUCAUCCUUCCCCUGUGUCUCCUGCUCCUGCCACACAGCAACAUCAACAACACCUUUUGUACCAGCAAAGACAGCAGCAACAACAACAACAGGAGAUGAUGCAUCAUCAUCAUCAUUUUCAACAACAGCAUUUUAUGCCAUCGCCACGAUCUGUGCCUCCCUCAUAUGGAGCUAUAUCGAUGAUGCAGCAGCCACCCACGCAAAUGCCACAACACUAUGCCGGCGUUAAUGUUGCGCCACACCCACCACCUCCUGCGAUCUCACAACCCCAAGCACCGCCAGUUUCACAAUCAUCAGGUUUAUCGCCAGGGGAUAGAGAGCGUCAGAGGCUUCGGGAAAUCCUUGCAAAGAAAGUCAGUCAAAGAAAGAUGGCUGCUGCAGCUCAGCAACAACAGGUGGAACAGCAACAGCGUCAGCAACAGCAACAACAACAAGAACCGAUAACAAGCAGCUCGCCUACCACAUCCUAUCAACAACAGCAUCCUCAGCAGCAAUCGCUGUCUACACUGCAGCAACAACCUCAAGUACAACAAGUACAACAGCAGCAUUUGCACCAACAGCAGCAACCACAACAGCAGAUCUACUCACAUGCAAGUUCUCCCUACUCCUAUACGCGACAGCAAAUUCGUUCUUCUCAUGCUACACCUCAACCGUCUCUAUCGACAUCCACGACCAGCAGUGGCAACGGAAGCAAUGCAUUUUUCCCAGGCUCUCCACCACCCCCGCAACAUCACCCGUCUAGUGGAUUUGCACGAGUGUCUCCCUCCUUUGAGUCAAACUUUGCUUUGCAACAGGUGACUCCACGUGGUGGCAGUGCUACCAGCAGCGUUGUUCAGUUGCCUCCAGUUUCAACCUCGCCUCCGGUGGUUGCCUCGCCUUCCAGCACCUCGGUGCCACCGUCUCUCUGUUCACCUCCAGUUCUACCUGCUACGUCAGCGUCUACUAGUCAUCACCAGGAGGGUCCACCUCAUCCUCCUCCUCCACCUCCACCUCCACCUCCUCCUCCUCCACCCUAUCAACUUGCCACAUCUACUCCAUCCAGUAUAGAAGCAUCACAUGCUCAAGCACAAUCACAACCAUCGACCCCAAUUAAGUCCUCCUCCACGUCGAUUGCGACACCCUCCUCCGGCAUGGAAGAGGCGGGUUUUGAACCGCCUGUCAUCUUCAGUCGGGUCGUAGGUGCUGGUGCAAGCAAGGAUCGACCGCGUUUCAUUCCACAACAGUCACAGCCACAACAGCAGCAGCAGCAACAAUCAGUACCACUACAACAACAGCAUUCGAUGGAGGCAAGUGGGGAGAUGCCAGUUCCGCCACCAUUGCCACCGCCGCCGCCGCCGAUGGUAUAUGCACCUCGAAUGCAACAGCAGCAUCAGGAGCAAAUGGUGCCUCAUCCCAUGGGUCAGACCCAAUUUGAGACGGAUCAUCAGUACCAUCCGUCACCGUCUUCGGCGGAGGUGCAUCAACAGGCAGCAAAAGGGAAGUCAUCGCAACAGUUCUAUGCGUCACAAACGCAUCGUCAGUCCCCAUUGACACCAGUUGGCCAACAGACAGUGUCAAAGUCGCAGCAGGAGGAGGGAUCGACGAACAUGGGAACAGAAUCGGUAUCCACUGGCGGUUGUUACUCAGGCGAUGCGGAAGUGGUGAGUGGUGGUAGUGGAGGCGACGGCGUUAGCGGCUACUCUGACUGUCCGGCACAAUAUUUAAUCUCCGAGAGUCAGCCGGCGCAUUACAGUGUUAGUUUCAUGCCUCCAUCGUAUUCGAGGGUGCGACAACCCAUGCCCAACGCUGUGAGUACUUCCCCUCCUCUUGCUGCUGCUAGUAGGGUAGACUACCAGCAGUCCGUUCCAGUGCACUCCUCAACUCUUUAUGAGCAACCACCGCCUCAGCAAAGGCAAUCGUACAUGCCCGCCCAGACUCCGCAGUACAACUCCUAUAACGUGCCUCCUCAAUCGCCCUAUCCAAGUCAUCAUGCCCCACGUCCACCACUUCCUCAUUCUGACUCCGCAGGGCACAUGAGCCGUAGCGAGGAUCAGCGUUCCCACCUUGGAAGUAUGUAG